UGACCAUUCUGGGCCAAGCAGCGCGGUUCGAUAAUCGCAGCCGAAUUGCCAUUAAUCCGACACAUUGAAGUGCUAAGGAUGGCCAUGGCCGCCCGCGUUGUGGCCACCCUGGCGCUUUGCAUACAAGUGUGCGUCGCAUCCAAGCAACGCGCCUCUGCGCAGGCAGUGGCAAACCCCAUCCGCAAGGUUGUGAAGCUCCUGCAGAACAUGCAAGAGAAGGUCCAAGCCGAGGGGUCCAAAGAGGAGGACCUAUACUCCAAGUUUAAGUGCUAUCCGACUGGUGUCGGCGAGCUCGAGUCCCGCGUCGAGGCCGCGGGCAACGCGGCCCCAGAGCUGGAGGCCAGCAUCAAGGGAUCGGAAGAGAAGCUUGUCCAGACCCAGCAGGCCCUGAAGGGCGCGCAGAAGGAGCGCGCCGAUGCCAAGGUUGCGAUUGCCUCCGCGGAGUCGAUCCGAGAAAAGGACGCCAAGGCCUUUGCCGAGACCAAAGCCGAGCUGGAGGGGUACUUGUCGCAGAUCUCCGCCGCGGUGGCGUCUGUGGAGAAAGGGAUGGCUGGGAGCUUCCUCCAGGCUCGCUCGUCCGCUGCCGCCUUGCGCAAGAUCGUGGAGAAGUCCGACGUCAUCGGCGACGACGACAAGGAGAUCCUCGUGUCUUUCCUCUCCGGCGGGGCGUCGUACGCCCCCCAGAGCGGCGAGAUCACGGGCAUACUUAAGCAGCUUGGGGACGAGUUCGCGAAGUCGUUGAAGGCGGCAGCGGACACGGAGGCGGCGGCCAUCAAGGAGCACGAGGCGCUGAUCGCCGCACAGAGCAAGGAGAUCGAGACCCUGACCGUGUCCAUCGAGCAGAAGCUUACCUCAGUCGGGGAUUUCAGCGUGUCCAUCCAGCAGAUGAAGGCCGAUUUCGAAGACAUCGCCGGCAACCUUUUGGAGGACAAGAAGAUGCUCGCUCAGCUGAAGACGGGAUGCUCCACGAAGGAUGCCGAGUACGAGGCGCGCGUGAAAACUCGCAGCGAGGAGCUCCUUGCCCUGGCAGAGACAAUCAAGCUCCUCAACGACGACGACGCCCUAGAGUUGUUUAUGCCAAGACGCUGCCAGCCCCCAGCGCCAGCCUCCUGCAGGUCCGGGUGCGCGGGGCCGACCUGCGGGCGCGCGCCGUGAGCCUCCUGCAGCGGGCCCACGGCACGGGCCCCCGGCGGGCCCGCCUGGACUUCCUGGUGCUGGCUCUGCGCGGGAAGAAGGUUGGCUUCGAGAAGAUCAUCGGCAUGAUCGAUGACAUGGUAGCCUCGCUGAAGAAGGAGGGGCUAGACGACGCUGACAAGAAGGAGUACUGCGUGGCGACAUUCGAUUCCACCGAGGACAAGAAGAAGGAGCUCGAGCAUGUCGCAUCGGACACCGAGACCGCCAUCGCCAGCGCAGAGGAGAACAUUGCAUUGCUCACAGAAGAGAUUGCAGAGGCCGCGAAGAGCAUCAAGGCACUCGAUGCGUCUGUGACCGAGGCAACAGCCAUCCGAAAGGCUGAAAACGAGGACUACAAGACGCUGGUGCAGUCCGAUUCUGCCGCGAAAGAGCUCCUGCUGUUUGCGCAGAACAGACUGAAUAAAUUUUAU